AUGACAGAAAAUACAUCAGUUAGGAGGAGGUAUGAAAAGAGCUUCACAGAACGACCGGGCUUCACAGAAGAUGAAAUUGAGGAAAUAAGGGAAGCGUUUAAUUUGUUAGAUACCGAUGGGACAGGCACCAUCGACCCGAAGGAAAUAAAGUGCGCCAUGCAGAGCCUAGGGUUAGACGUUAAGAACCCAAUGAUAUUCAGGAUGAUAGCCGAUCUUGAGAAAGAUGGAUACUCCUCCAUUGACUUCGAGGAGUUUAUGGAGGUCAUCACGUCCAAACUGGGAAACAAAGACACGCGGGAAGGCAUCCAAAGAAUUUUCAACCUCUUCGAUGAUGACAAAACGGGGGCAAUAUCACUGAAGAAUUUAAAAAGAGUUUCAAAGGAGUUAGGAGAGACGUUAACCGAUGAGGAGCUGCGGGAUAUGAUUGAUCGUGCAGAUUCCAAGGGUGAGGGGGAAAUUUCCUUCGAAGAUUUUUACACCAUAAUGACAAAGAAGAGCUUCUUGUGA